ACGCUAUACCCAGACACGGGACAGAUUAAAAGGAAUAUAAGGCAACGAUUACUUUCAUUUGCUACUGACAAUUUCAAAGCUGCGAGCUUCAAGAAGAGCGAGAGCACAAGACAACUUUACAAGACUAGCACAACUGAGUAUUUCAAGAUGCAAAGAUAUCAGAUACAACAGGAAAGAAUAAAGAUGUUAACGGUAACCGUUAUUAAGGCAAAAGGAGUGAGCGUUGGUUUCUCGGACACAGUGGACACACCAGACCCGUAUGUCAUGCUCCGAGUUCGAACAAGUCCGAACGCAAAACAAAAAACGACGACUAAAAAGAAUCAAAUGAAUCCUAAAUGGAACCAGGAAUUCAAAUUCUAUUUGAAUUUGGAAAAGAAAAACACAUUAGAACUGAAAAUAAUGGAUAAAGAUAUUGGACCUGAUGAUACUGUCGGAUGGAAAAAGAUUGAGGUGGAUGAUAUUACUCCAAAGAAAAAAGUACCGAUGGAAAUUGUUUUUCACGAGAAAACAACUCUGAAGAUUGCACUUCUUGUAACUUACGACGAUACUAGAGAACUGAGAUUAAGCUACGAUUUAUGCGACAAGGAAAAGGAAUUCCUCAAGAGACGCAAACAAAAAAUCCUUAGAAAUCUUCGACAAAUUAGCAAAAAAAAACAAGAACCCAGAUCGGUGAACGAGGUACCAACUAUUGCUAUCAUGGGAUCAGGAGGUGGUUAUAGGGCAGUUUGUGGUUUAUCAGGAGUAUUCUGUGCCCUCCAGGAGGGAGGAAUCUUAGACUGUGCUACAUAUGUUACUGGACUAUCCGGAUCUUCUUGGUACAUAUCAUCAUUGUAUGCAAGAGAAGGCUGGCCGGAUCAUUGGGCUUGCGAGGAUAUGGCUAAAGACCUACAGAAACGCUUCGAUACCAAUAUCCUCAGCCAUUUUGAUUUGCUCGACUUUACGGAUCGUUUGGAAAGAAAAGCAAAAAGCGGUCAACUCGUGCGCGGCACCGACUAUUUCGGCAUGGUUAUUGGAGACGCUUUGCUUCCGAACCAAGAGUCAAAAUUGAGUUACCAGUCGCUAAAGGUGAAGCACGGGGAACUACCGCUGCCCGUCACAACCGGAAUUCGCGUACGUGUAGAUUUACCAGCGGCCGAGUUUAACGAAUGGGUAGAGUUCAGUCCCUUUGAAUACGGCAUUGCUAAAUAUGGCGUCUUUGGAAAAACUGAAGAAUUUGGCGGGAAAUACUACAAAGGAAGCUUGGUGAAGAGGUUUGAGGAACCUCCAUUGCAUUAUUUACAAGGAAUCUGGGGAAGUGCUUAUAGCAUCAUAUUGAACACACUGAGCGAUCGUGACAAAAAACCCGUGGAGAAAACAAAAGUAGAUGUUUUGGGCGAGUCGGCCCAUUUGAAAGGUGAAGACGACGACAGUGAUGAUGAAGAUUAUGAUGAAAUUAAAGAUGAAAACUGGUUGAAACAAACGAUGAACCCAAUGAAUAUAUUUUCAAAUCGUAAAGGAAAAGCUGCAGAAACAUUUAACAUCCUCCGUGGACUAAAAUUUAAACGAUCAGAAGAAGACGACUUUGACGACGCUCCCGGUAAGGAUAAGACGAUGUGCAUUGUGGACAGCGGUAUUGCAUUCAAUUCGCCGUAUCCAGCAAUGUUGCGACCAGAAAGAAAAGUCGAACUCAUCUUGUCUUUCGAAUUCAGUAAACGCGAUAGAGACAACGAGCCUCCGUUUCAGGAACUGUUGAAAGCCGAAGUAUGGGCGAAGGAUCAUAGUCUUCCAUUCCCACAAAUCAAAGGGAACCCAGUCACGGAGGAUCCUGAGAUUCGCGAAUGUUAUGUCUUUGAAAACAAAGAUGACGUCAGAUGUCCAACCAUCCUGCAUUUUCCACUUGUGAACAAAACAUUCAGAAACUAUCUUAAACCAGGGGUUCAACGUGUGACGAAGGAGGAUCGAGAUUUCGCCAACUUCGAUAUCUUUGACGACGCUGACAAAUCCUAUUCAACCUUCGAGUUUCAGUACGAGAAACGAACAUUUGAUCGACUGAAAGAAAUGAUGAAAUUCAACACGUUGUUGAAUAUGGAUCUCAUCAAGGAAAAGAUUGCAUACCAAGUUGCGUUGAGAAAAAACAAUCCUCAUUUGCGACAUUCGUCAUAAUUAUGCUUUCGCAUGAGAUACGAAACUGAUUACAACCUGGUUUCCAGGGCACGGAUUGUAAAGUAAUGUUUGACUUCAAAAUGCGUUGAAAACGAUAGAGCAUGUUCAACUU